AAUACGACAUUUUUCAGUUUGAUUAUUUGUGUCGCAACAUUAUUUACAUCAAAUCUAAAUAAUCAAAACAUUCAAUCUUCACUCUUUAGUAUACAAAUUAGUCCUAUGAUGGCAACGAGGACAGUGGAUAUGGCAUCCAUUGAACAACAGAAAGAGAACAUAACUCCCAUGCCGGGUGGAAGACCGGCAUCAAAGCUAGCGGCCAACUUUAAUUGUGCAUCUAAAUCGGUAUCUCAGUUCAAACAACAACAACAAUUGCAAAGAGAACAGUUCGAAUCCAAGUUAUCGGAAGUUGAAGAAUUGGAUGACCCUCUAGAAGUCUACGUGGACUAUAUUAAAUGGACUCAUGAUAAUUUCCCACAAGGAUCAAACUCAGAAAGUGGAUUACUUGCAUUACUUGAAAGAUGUACUUCUUGUUUUAGAGAUGUACUAUACUAUAAAAACGAUCCUCGUUACCUUAAGGUUUGGCUAGAGUAUAGUAACUAUUCCGAUUCUCCAAGAGAAAUAUUUGUAUAUUUGGCCAAGAAGGAAAUCGGAAAUCAACUUGCAUUAUAUUACGAAGAAUUUGCCCAGUAUUUAGAAUCAUCAGGUAAAAUAAAUGACGCUAGACAAGUAUAUGAAAUUGGUAUUGAGCUUAAUGCUCGUCCUUUCUUAAGACUUGAAAAAUCAUAUAAAAAGUUUGAAGAAAGAAUGAUGCUACGAAAUAACGCCCCUGAUUCAAAUACAUCAUCUUCCAUAAGGGAUGUGCUUUCCGUUAAAAAGGGGAGCAAUUCUGAUCCCAUUGGCAAUGAAAAUGAUGGUUUGAACAGUAGCAGAAAAAGACAGAAAUUACAAGUUUUCAAUGAUGAAGAGUAUGAACAGAAACUACCAAGUUUUAAAGAAGCACUUUUAGAUACUCUGGGACUGAAGGACCUUGGAACAAUCAAGGCCAGAAUCAAAGAAAACGUAUUAAGUCCCAAACCAUGGAAGGGCGAAAUAAUUAAACAAAAGACUGAAAGUAGCAGACCCAAUAGCUCCAAAUUUGAAGUUUAUAAAGAUCAACCAGAAUCGCAAGAAAAUUAUGAAAUCAUAGAGGAUUCAGAUAAUCUUGCAUAUACUAUAAUACACCAACCCGGUAAAAAUACAGAAAAAGUUAGUGUUAACAUGAAGCUUGUGUAUCCCUCCCCAGAAGAAGAGUAUUGCUUUGAAGAAAUUUUGGCUAUGUCACGUCGUUUUGACAAACUACACAUAAAAAAUGAAAAUAUUAUACCCAAUGAAAAUUUCUCUCAUCCAGUGGAAAGAAAUCAAACUUAUACUAUUCCAUUGAAAGAUGACACUUUCACUAUCCCUUUAAAAGAUGAUCUGCAAGAUGAUGAAAAUGAUAGUGACAAAUUCAAGACAAAAGAGAAUGACAAAAGUCCUAAUUCUCCCACGAUAACCAUGUAUUCUAAAAUGGCAGCUAAUGAAGUAUAUAGCAUGUUUAAUGAUGCUGCAAAUAAUCUCACUACUGAUGAUGAGUUUGAUGCGAAGUCUGAACAAGAAAACACUACAAAUUAUGAUGGAUUUGUUACCGAAACUAUUCGAUUCCCACCCAAAGAUAACCAAGAAGAACCACAGCUUCUCAAAGAGGUUUCUAACAAAGAUAUCGAAAUGAGCACCCCUCCCACUGAUCAGUACAGUUCCGACGACGAGAGUGUGAAAAGCUCACCUUUCAUCGAGCGCCCAUCAAGUGUAUCAAUUAAUUUAAAUGAAAAAACGAUUUUUAAUGUUAGUGAUCCUCUAUUCCGAAAUGAAAUGUUCAGUCGUAUCCAUCAAAAUUUAAAAGAAUACCAUAACUUAUACGAUGGCCUUCGUACCAGGACCAAUAGAUUGAAGAGUUUUCAGCAACUCACCAAUCCAAUCAAAAAAACACUUAAAAGAAGUCCAGAAGUAAUCAUUAACUAUUGUGGGAGUGAAAAUUAUUGUCUUCGCUAUGAAUUAGGACAAGGUGGUUACGGUACAGUGUAUCUAGUAGAAACGGAACGAGGAGAAUACAAGGCUUUAAAACUAGAGUCUCCAGCAUCUUCUUGGGAAUUUUACAUUUUGAGUGAAAUUCAUAAUAGAUUGAGAAAACAAUCAAUUGAAGCUUCGAUAUAUUUCGUCAUUCCGGAAUCUAUCUCUAUAUUUGAGGACGAGAGCUACUUGAUUUUGAAUUAUGUGAAUCAGGGUACAUUAUUAGAUGUUGUAAAUUAUUAUAAGAACCAGGGCACAACUGUGGAUGAAACUCUAGUCAUAUUUUUCACCAUCGAACUUUUGAAAACAGUUGAAAGUUUACAUUCGAUUGGAAUAAUUCAUGGCGAUUUAAAGGCUGAUAAUUGCAUGAUUAGGUUUAAACGAACAGAAGAUGACUUACCUGAAAAUUAUUCACCAAUGAAUGAAGCCUGGAAGUCAAAAGGAAUUACCAUGAUUGAUUUUGGCCGUGCGUUAGACUUGACAAUCCUCGAUUCAAAGCAAAGGACAGAAUUUUUAAGUGAAUGGAAUACAGAUGAACAAGAUUGUCCUGCCAUGAGAAACGGGCAAUCAUGGAGCUUUGAUGCUGAUUAUUACGGUAUAGCUGCAAUUCUACACACACUUUUAUUUGGUGAAUAUAUUCAAGUAAAGCUGGUUGGCGAUGGUAGGUAUAACUUAUUAAGGAAUUUGAAGAGAUGGUGGCAAGCUCAAUUAUGGAUGCCAUUAUUUGAUUUCUUACUCAACCCAUAUCUGAGCAAUACUAAAGAGUAUGGAAAACCCCCUUUAGUCGAGCAAUUAAGGUUACAUCGGGAAGAAUUUGAAAAAUGGUUGAUGGAAAACAGUGGGACCCGGAAUUUAAAGCGUACAGUGAUCAAUGUCGAAGAUGAAUUGAAUGGGCUUAAUAACAAACUACUCAGAUCGCUUAAAUAAAUUGCGAACCGAAUUGGUUGCAACUUCUCAAACAAUUGCUCCAAAACUUGCAUUAAAACAUUUAAUAAUAUACAAGAAUAAAAUUAGUUAAUAUUCCUGUAAGUUAUCUUGAUAACCAAUGGUAGACGUUUCCGAUGGGUCGGGAGUCA